UACUCACCCUCCAGCAUCAGCCAGAGAAUUUGUUCCGUGUAACAGUGUGAACAUCGAUAGAAUCAUGCGUUUUCGUGCUGGGGUAGAAAAUGUGACCACGUUUUUUCGGAUCAUGCAAUCUGUGGAAAAGCUACAGAAGAAAUGCAUUAUCAAGUUCACGGAAGAAAAUAUGCACGUCAUCUGUAAUAACGACGCUAAUGAAGGAGGAAUACAAGUCUGGUCUCAGAUCAAGAUAGACUCGAUAUUCAACAACUACCGGAUCCAAUCUAACUCUAACAACGAAAUCACUGUCAAUUUAACAUGUGAGGCUCUCAUGGGAGCACUUAGGUCCGUAUCAACGUCUUCCGGUACUUCCAAUUCGGCAUCAGGCUCGUCCUACGAAACGGACGAAGUCAUCAUCAAGCUCGCAAAGAAGAACGACCAGGCAGUGCUUAAUUUUGAGAUAACCGGGACUACUCGUGUAGGCAGAAAAGUGAGGAUUGGACAUGAUGUUAAGAUCGAGGUCAUGAAGCCAGCAGAUGUCGUCAAACUGAGUGAGCCGAUGUGUCCUGAACCUGAUAUACAUGUUCUGCUGCCGUCUCUACAAAAAAUACGAACAAUCGUCGAACGGUUACGGUCAAUGUCGGAUGUAUUGGCCAUCCGGGCCAGCCAAAGCGGAUGUUUGCAACUCUCCAUCAACACAGAGAGUGUUAAAGUUGAUACGGAAUGGAAGAAUUGCACUAUUCCUCAAAUGAUGAAGGAAAGCGCUUCACAAGACGACAACGCCGAUGAUCCUCCGCCGGAUCCAGAGCAUCUAUUUUCCGUUUUGGUCUCUGUCAGGAGCUUUCUCAAAUUCUUGAGUAGCCAUGUUGUAUCAACGACCACGAUAGCUUGUAUAUGUCAAAACCACUGCUUAAUCCUGUACGUUUACAUAGGUGACGUAGCGGAUGCCGGAGGCGUUUUGACCUUCUACAUCCCUGCUAUCAUAGAUGAUGAGUAGACCAUUUUGUACUUUUAUACCCUUCAUUUGCUUCAUACCCGUUACCUGCUAGUAGUUCAAUAUCCCUCAAUCCCAUUGUGUAGCAAUCAUGGUUUCACGAUUAUUUUCUGUGCAAAAAUAUCACUCGGCAGGGGCUCUCUGGUCAUGGCUUGCGGUAGUGGUUGGCAGGUUCCGUUGGCC